GCACUUUUUUUACACGUUAGAUAUCAAGACGCGGAUGCACGGUUUAUUACCUUUAUCAUAUGAACGAACUUUUAUUAAUGUUCAAAUGUUAAUGUAAAAAUAUCAAUAAAUUGAAAAUAUACUACAUUAAUGAUUAGCGUUGUGCAUCGUUGCGGAAUAUUUGAGGAGUUUAAAACAAAUUCACGUGAAUUAUUCAUGUCUGAAGCAGUUUGUUGAAAGGAUACAUAGGGUGUUGGACACUAUACAGAUGGAUAAUUUAUUCACGUGAAAAGCAUGAAGAGAUCUGCAAUUUUUACAAGCAGUAGAAGAAUGUCGACCAGAGACGUUAACUUUAUGUGAUGGUAUUUCUAUACAACAUGAAAAGCUUCACGAACCAUUUCUCUGCAAGUUCUUAGAAACGAAAUAUGACAACGUUUUACAUAACAUUUUAUAAGACCUGUAUGAUGUUAUGUCUACUUCAUUUUUGAUGAUACGUCGUUUACUUAUAGCGACUUUCUGUGACGUUCUUUCUUCAAAAUUUGCUGAAAGCAAUAAGGAACUCGUGCGACGUCAUUUCUAAUACUGUAUAAUAUAUAACGAACUUAAAACGUCUCAUUGUUGCGCCAUAUUUUGCGACAAGUUGACAACUUGUGACUUGCAACGAUUUCAUUUGACCACAUAACGAUAUAAACAGAAUGACUUCUUUAUAGAAAAAGUCUUCAGUUUGAUAUUACGCUGUUCAGAAAGAUUCUAUGAUCUAUUUAUGAUUAAGCGUAUAUUUGUUUGGGAUCUGCAAACGCUUUUACUAUGGUUUAUUGCUUGAUGAUAUCUUAACUAUGAAAACACAAAACUAACAGAUGUUGAACCAUAGGAAAUCAAGGGCCUACGUGUUAAGUAAAGAAUAUUUUCGAACAAAUGAAUUAUGCAAUUGCAUUAUAAAGGUGACAUGUACUGGUCAACUUAACCAUGCACUCGGGCCAAAAAUCAUUAUCAUUGGGAAGAAUGUCUGACUGUUUAACGCUUGUGUUUAGAAGGAAGCAACAUAUUCUUCCUAUGUUUUGUAUUCUUUUUGUAUUUUCAAUUCUAUUCAUGAGUGUUGGAUUUACGAACAAAAGGUAUACAAAACAAAUAAAUCAUGCAAACACAGUCGCUUCAGAGAUACGUCACGUGCACGAAUGUCACUGCUUAGUUACUGUUGCAGUCCCUAAGAAAACGCAGGACUUGGAAGGCGAAGACAAAAGUAAAAAACUUUCAGAAUCCGGACCGACUUUGCAGCGACGAGACAAUAUGAAGCAGGAAAUAAGCCAACCAUAUCAUCUAGAAAGCGUUGACUCAUUCAAACAAAAAAGUGACAUUAAUAAGCAGAAUACUGUUAUAAAUCCGAAGGAGGAACUUCAAACACUUGACACGAAGAAAAAAGAUUCUGAAAUUAGUUUAUCUCAAAGAACUUUAAAAAUUCCUGAUGAUUUGCAACGUAUUACACUAAAGCCGAAUUUUACUCGUCUGAUAAAUGCUUCACAAAUUGUUACUACAGUAAAUGCCACGUACACUCUUGAAAAUCCAACUUUAUGUUCGUCUGUCCGUAACUUGUCUAUUGUUGUUAUAGUUCAUACAUCACCCGAUCAUAUUGACAGGCGAUUAUCCAUCCGCAAUACUUGGGCAAAUGACGCAUUUUAUCUCCAUCUUGGAAAUGUGAGAACUAUUUUCUUAUUAGGGAAAACGAAAUUCCAAUAUUUGCAGAGUAACAUUGAAAAAGAAUUUAAACGUUAUGGAGAUCUUCUUCAAGGGGAUUUUAUAGAUGAUUACCAUAAUCUCACAUUGAAAGGGGUAAUGGCGUAUAAGUGGCUUACAGAACGGUGUAGGAAUGCGGAACUUAUUCUUAAAGUUGACGAUGAUAUAUCAGUAGACAUGUUUAAGCUCUUUACCGAGUAUUAUCCAAAAUAUCGUUCAGAAAAAAUGUCAAUUAUUUGUAACCAUAUCUUAGCACAAACAAUGGGUAUAUUAAGACAGAAUGACAGCAAGUGGUAUGUGAGCAAUAAUCACUUUAAAGGACUUGAUGCAUAUCCUACAGAUUACUGCUCAGGUUUUCUUGUAAUAUUUACUAACGAUUUAAUACCAGCUUUAUAUCAGUCAUCUAGAGUAACUCCAUUUUUCUGGGUAGAUGAUGUUUACUUGUAUGGUCUGGUUCCCGGCAACGUUCCUGGUUUGAAAUACAUUGGUUUGACUGGAAAUUGGCACCAGUUGGGUGGGCAAGAUGCUUUAAGAUGUUACAGAAAUGCAACGGAGACUUGUCCGUUUUUAGUUGCUGGGGCAGGCGCGAAAGGAGAACCAGAAGAGCUAUGGCCACAGAUGGUCAAAAGAUACGCACUGUCAUCUAAAGUUGCAGGCGAAAAAAUACAAGCAAACUGACAGGGAUACUACACUUAUUGUCAGAAUUAGUGUCGAGUAUGACAUUGAUGUUUAUGAAAUAAUGUGACUUGUUCAAAUGCUAGAUUUAAAAAAAAAUCCAAAUACGUAACAGAACUACACAAAUGAUGAAAUAAGUGAUGGUGAUAAUAAUGAAACUAAUUUAACUUUCAUUCACUUUGCACGACUGUUGUUAGUAGGACACAUUGGCAUCUACAUGGUAAUGUAGUUAUCAGUUGCAGUAAUUAAAGCACAAACCAUUUUUCAUAGGCCAUUCACUGCAUUUUAGUCAAUUGUGUUACUCUAUAAUUCAAUAUACAUGAUUGUAAAUACUUAGUCAAUGCAUUCGUGCUAAUUGUGUUACUUAUUUAGAUUUAAACAUAACAGCUUAUCAUCUGCCUCCAUAACAUAUUUACAAAAGGCAUGCAGAAGAAAAUGAAUGAAAAAUAUUAAUUCAUAUACAUUUACAUAUACAUGAGAGUGUAAACAUAUUGGUACGUCAUUUUUACAGGAAUAUUAUAUAUGCCUAUCUGUUACUUGAAAUGCCUCAACAACUUAGUCCCAUAACUGCAUUUGAGCCAGUUGUGUUACUCUGUAAUACAAUAUAUAUAUUCUAAGUCCCAGUUGUGUUACUCUGUAAUACAAUAUAUAUACUAAGUCCCAUUUGUAUUACUAUGUAAUAAAAUAUGUAUACUUAGUCCCCUAGCUGCAUUCGAACCAAAUGUGUUACUCAGUAAUACAAUAUAUAUGUACUUAGUCCCAGUUGUGUAACUCUGUAAUACAAUAUGUAUACUUAGGCCCAUAGCUGCAUUUGAGCCAGUUGUGUUACUCUGUAGUACAAUAUACAUACUAAGUCCUAGUUGUAUUACUCUGUAAUAAAAUAUGUAUACUUAGUCCCAUAGCUGCAUUCGAACCAGAUGAGUUACUCUGUAAUACAAUAUAUAUACAUGUACUUAGUUCCAGUUGUGUAACUCUGUAAUACAGUAUGUAUACAUAGUCCCAUAACUGCAUUUGAGCCAGUUGUGUUACUCUGUAAUACAAUAUAAUAAUACUUAGUUCCAGUUGUGUAUCUCUGUAAUAAAAUAUGUAUACUUAGUCACAUAGCUGCAUUCGAACCAGAUGAGUUACUCUGUAAUACAAUAUAUAUACAUGUACUUAGUUCCAGUUGUGUAACUCUGUAAUACAAUAUGUAUACUUAGUCCCAUAACUGUAUUCGAACCAGAUGAGUUACUCUGUAAUACAAUUUAUAUACUUAGUCCCAGUUGUGAAACUCUGUAAUACAAUAUGUAUACUUAGUUCCAUAACUGUAUUCCAGCCAGAUAUGUAACUCUAUAUAAUUCACUAUAUAUACUCACAUCUCUUACUGCAGUUACCCUGUAAAUUAAAUAUAUUGUUAUGUAUAUUAUAUUAUAAGAGAUACACAUCUGGCUUGAAUGCAGCGAGGAGUCUACGAAAAACAGUACAUUUUCAAUUACCCAUAUCGUAACGGUACGUUUAUUUAGUACUAUAAAAGCAAAGUAUUCGC